AUGGAACCUGUGAUCAGCGUCGUCAAGGGUUUCCGGGGCAUGCCCAAGGUGGAAUAUCUUGGUCACAAGAUAUCGCACGAUGGACUAGAGGCGAACCCGAAGGAUCUGUCGGCGUUGACCGAUCUUGUGUUUCCCGAUUAUGUGAUUUACGUGUCUGUACUACAUGAACUGAGGGAGAUCGAUUAUGCUGCGAUGGAGAAGAAUGUGAAUCGAAGCCGAAUCCAGAUGGCGCUGGCAUCCUUCAAGGUGUUAAACGAGAAGAACGCGGCAACGCCGAUCCUUCGUCACUUUGAUCAGGAUCGGAGGCUAUACCAGUUGUAUAUGCCAGAGAUUGGCCGAUCUCCGGAGUGUGAUCAGAUCUACUAUCCAGUGAUGUUCGCGAGCCGUACGGUAAAGUUCAACGAGUUAAACUAUGGGAUCACAGAAAAGGAGAUGUUAUUGUUGCAGAUCCUGGAUCUCAACUAUAAUACUCUGGUUGGGAGGCCGAUCCGACAGCGGACGCAACAUUCAACACUGGAUUAG